CCCGCUCUUUUGCUUUUGCUGUUGAGAUCAGUUGAGAUGUUCUUGUAUUCAUAAUAAUAACUUGCUCCGAACCCCCAACUGACUACCAAUUCUCAUCAUCCCCAAACCGCUAAUUCUUCUUCAUUUUCCACACUUGCAUUUCUAAAUUGAAUCAAUCCUCUUGAGCUGCGUCGUCGUAACGAUCAUGACCUCCGCGCCCUCAUCGUCGUCAGAUUACCGCCGGCGGGUGCCUCACGGGGACAUCGAUCAUGAUGAGUACAAUUGGAGCCUCAGUAAUGUUUCAAAAUUGUUAUCUCUGAGAGAGAUGACGCCUCAAACAACGAGAGCACCCAAAAGUCUUUGGGGAAAGGAAUUCUAUUUCUGUUCAUAUUCCUAUGGACUGACACGUGAUUGGGCAAAAGAUGCAAGACAAGAGAUUCGCAUGUGGGUAGAAGCAGAGUCGUUACUGCAUUUAUCAAGCAUGUAUUGCCAGAUCGAACCUCAACCAAAAGCAAUAUUGGCAAUAGACUUCAGUCCUGAUGGAAAGAUGCUUGCUUCUACUCAUUCAGACUUUAGUGUGAGGAUAUUUGAUUGUCAAACUGGAAGAUGCUUAAAGGUACUCACAGGGCAUAACAGUGUAUCUUGGACGGUUAAAUUCCAUCCAAUUGAUCCUAAAGUUCUUGCAACUGGAAGUACAGACAGGGUAGUACACCUGUGGCAUGCAAAUACUACAACCCCUAUCAGAUCGUAUAUUUUUGAUCAUCCUAUCUAUUCAAUCGCCUUCCAUCCCCAAGGGGAAAUAUUGGCAGUAGCCUCAAGAGAUAAGGUUUAUAUAUGGAAAUACAACGCUAUAGAGCGGAAUGAACCUAGAUCUAUCCUGCAUACUAGUCAUCUCCUUGCAGUGCAGUUUCAUCCGUGUGGUGCACAGCUUCUGACGGCUGAGAAUAGCAUCUUGAGUAAUAAGAAAUCUGCAACAUUACCGGGAUUCUCACGUUACCCCCCUCCAACUCUACAUUUUUCGGAUGAAAACUCUGCUUAUCGGUCUAAUUCACACAAUGGAUCGCCAAUCACGUCUCUACCAUUUCUAGUGUGGCCGUCGAUUACCAGAAGUGAUGCCAGCUCAGUUUCCCAAAGGGUGGAUCCCAGCACCAGCUCUUCUGUUUCAGCGCAGAUUGGGGAGUCAUUGGCAUCCAGGAGACUUCUUACAUAUACAACACCGCCUGGUGAAUUUGAACUCAGAUUAUCUUCGAUUCAAUCUCCUGGUAGAGAAGAGCCACAAAUGAACACUUCCACCAGUGAGAUGGGAAAUGAUGCUUCUCAACCAGUUGCUGAACCUAUGGAGAUUGAAACUGAAGGUGAUGGCAGACAUCAAUCUCUUCCAUUUGGUGACCCAUCGUAUUGGGAACUUCCAUUUUUACAAGGAUGGUUGAUUGGUCAAGGUCAAACAAUGCCUGUCGCAUCGUCAGCUCCUUCGCCAUUUGAAUAUGUUGAAAGUUCAGGAGAUGCUCAAAGAUCUCGAUCACCAUACCGAUCUUCACACCGUUCGAGUGAAAACCCUCAAUCCAAUACUGGUGCUUCUCCUUCUCCAUCUGCACAUCAGCAGGGUAAUUCACCACGUUUACUUAAUGCACCUCAAUCUGCGGCAGCUGCUACUAGCCAGGUUGGAAGUCCAGAUUUGCCUGACACGGCGGUGCUUAAAAUAUGGCACCAUGAAAUAGAAUCUCCAUUCACACUUCUUGAUGCAAGGAGAUGCCGCUUAAAAAUUUCCCAGGCUGUUCUUUGUUGUGAAAGAGGUGCUCAUUUUUCUCCAUGCGGAAGAUUUUUAGCAGUUUGUGUAAAAUGUGAGGCAUUCGUGAGUCCUCUUGAUGUUACUGGGGCUGCAACUCGACCAAGUAAACGUUCUAGAUUUGCAGUCGAGGACAGUACUUAUGAAUUAAGGAUAUAUUCUCUUGAGGAGGCUACCUUCGGUUUUGUUUUAAACAGUUGUCCAAUCAGGGCCGCUGCACACUUAACUUCAAUACAGUUCUCGCCUACCUCAGAACAUUUGUUGCUAGUUUAUGGUCAGCAACAUAGGGCACUUCUCAAAAGCGAGCUGAUUGACGGAGGCAAGUCAAUAUUGAUUUAUACAAUUCUAGAGAUAUAUAGAGUUUGUGAUAUGGAACUUAUUAAGAUUCUUGCCAAUGCGGAAGAAAUUGUAAACUCAGCAUGUUUCCAUCCUUCGGUUGGUGGAGGCUUUGCUUAUGGAACCAAUAAUGGAAAGUUGCGGAUUCUGAAAUGUGACAUAUCACAUGGCUUUCAAAAUGAUGAACCAGAGGUUCCUGAAGGCAUAUUCGAGGCUUAGAGAGUGAUUGGCCUCAGAAGGAUGGUCAUUGUCAAUAGAAGAUAUCAGCAGCAGCAGCAGCAUCAUUGAGAUGCGUUGGAUGGAUGCUCACAUUAAGACAUACAUAUACAUAUGCUCGAUGAUGCUAUGCUGUACAGAUAUUCGGAGUGAUGGAUCUGAAAUUUCUAGUUGGUUUAGUGUGUGGAUGUGAGUGAAGAUUACAUAGGGCGUAAGGAUAGGUAGGUAUCCAUCCGUCCGAUCCGAUAAUUGCUUGGCAUGGCAUGCAUUUUCUUCUUCUGUUUGAUGGAUUGAAGAUUGAAAAUUGAUUGAUUGACCUUGUACAUACAACACUGCAUUCAAAUGAUAAAAGCAAGCAGUUAGUUAGUUCCUUAGCUUCUUCAUUUAUAGUUAUAGAUAUAGGUGUUGGUGUUUCCAUUCCAGCCCAACACUCAGG